AUUCGCUUGUUUUGGCGCACGUUUCGUGCGACGGCCGGCUAUCGAAUUUCAAGUAGCUGACCAAUAGCUGCUUGUUAGAGUGAGCCCUGAUAAAAGCCAAUGCCGCGUUGAGCAGCACAUUCAAUUGUCAAACAGUGCUGGUGCAGUACACACAAACAACCGAAUCACCAAAACGGAUUAAACCCAACGAAGCAGGAUUACAAACGAAACAAAUUCUACAAUGGCUGCCAAUCAGAAACUCAUCUUUGCCCUUUUCGGACUCUGUUUGCUCUGCGAUUUGGUUUUGUGCCAGCAGCAGGCGAGCAACAACUCCAACACCGAAGCCGAUGCAGAUCUGGCUGAGAGCCGAACUUUCGGUCAUCAUUUCAUGCGCCGCAUUAGCUUCGCCUUGGUGCCCGGCGCCUUUGUUGUGGGUGUGAUUACCACUUUGCUGGCUGCCUUGACGGUCGUCUCCAUGAAGGGUCUGGGUGUUGGUGUCAUCCUCUUGGUGCUGGCCAUCGGCCAGAUGCUCUCCCGAGCUCUGCCCGUGCAUGCCGCGGCCGCCUAUGCGGCUGCUCCGGCUCCUGUUCCCGUUGUCUACUCCCAUUCGCACACACAGCAGCCUGUGUGGCUGGAGAAGGAGUGGUAAGAGGAACUCGAAGCUCGAGCUGGUAGCAGGCCUAAUUAUACCUCAGCGAGCAUGCAACCAAAUAAUAAUUUAAGACUAGUUUAAAUUAUUUAUUUAUUUAUACUGAACUUAUUUAUUUACAAGUAAAUUAUUUAAUGCAUCGAUCAAUAAUUUAUUUUUUA